GGCCGACGCGACGCCGACGUCGCUCAACGACGCGCGUAUUCGGACGGCGCGGCUGACACGCUUUCGGAUCGCUGCCAUCUCGAAGGCUCGAAGGUUUCGGAAGAGCUGGAAACUGUCGCGUGACUCUUCAGCAACGCUUUCGUUACGCGAAAUCGUUAUAUGACGAAGCGGCCCUAAUAAACAUGCUUCCGGAGCACCCCGAUGGGGUGAUCGGUGAGUUUCCUCGCGUGAUUGUUUCGACCAAUUAAUCUUCUUUCAACUGGAUAAUCCGUGAUGUCCUGUCCUCGUGUAGUCGUCAGCACGCGAUGUGCGCCGUAAGCGGAGACUGAAACCGGUGUAACUUUGCUGACUUCAUCUCGCACGGCUGAUGAAUGCACGUGGGGAUUUUAUUUUCGUGCGACUGCAGCAUCGAGGAGCCUGGAACCCGCCGGUAAUUCGACCGGUUCCCGAUCCUCACCGCGUCUAUGCGGCUGCAAGUGCGAGGUGCUCGCCGGUCGAACGGAAUUCCCGUGGUCCGGGUGAUUGGUGAGCGCGGUGGGCAUUAAUCCGGCCGACGGUGUUUACCGUCGAAUCGUUGGAGCAUUUCGCGAUCGAUCGCUCGUAAAACGCCUGACCGCCGCAACGAGCGACCGGAGCGUUGAUAUAAUUCCGCCUGAUGAGAAGGAGACCUUUACCUGCCGCCUCCGUGUCUUUCCAAGGAGAAUGUGUACGCGCGGACGGGAAAGCGAAAGGAAGAAUGGACGGAAGACUACGUGUAUGGCGGAGGUAUAGGAGAAAGGUGCGAAGAAAACAGAGUGAACUGAAGAGUAAUAAAUGGUCUGUUGUUUCCCUGUUGUAAGCCUCGGGAUACAGUUCUCAAUAUGCACGCAAGAGGCGAAAGGAGAGCGGAAAAUAAGGCAGGCUCCGUAGCAGGUCCCUUUCCCAAGAGUAUCGAGUAUUGCGUUUCGGGAACAGAAAGUAGUUGCCGGUAAUAUCUGAUGAUUGACUGGAAAGUCCGUGCUGGUGUUUUCUAUUUAGCAAAACCUCAAACGCAAAACUUUGUAUUAAGAGUUACGGCGUUGUAUUAAAAAGUGCAAAUUUUUCGGUCAACCCAAUAAUUGAUCUAAUUUUUUGGUUCCUUAUAAUUGCUUUUGGGGCUUAAUAAAUCUGUAUUCUGGCUAUUCAAGCAACCGUGACAAAAUUCUCCGAUUUCGAAAGCGGACCACCAUGAAUCUGCAGACACACAUAUCAUUUGACCAUGUCUAAUCCCGUUAUACAAGUCAAGAAAUACACGUUUCGAAUAAAGUGAAAGACUUUCCCACAUAACGCAUUUAUAACUUCAAUACAGACAGCGUGUGACUUUUACCAUUUUUCGCAUACACGUAAAUUUCUCUUCUCUCAGUGUAACAAUAACGCGCAAGCACAACACAAGAGUUAGAACAAUAUAUUGCGAGUUAUUGUAAAAAGAGAAACGUGAAUCGGGAUCGAUGAGCUGGCGUUAAAGAGAAGCUCGCUGUGCAAAAGCGUGGCAAUAGUGAGGCCGAAAAAGAAAAGGAGCAAACAGGAGGAAGCGUGGGCCAGGACGUGGGUGGGGCGACACUUCACCAAUGAUGAAUUGGAAGAAAAAAAAUGGUUGGAGAUAGGGAAAGACGGAAGGAAGGGGUUGCCGUAGGUAACAGCGCAAAGACAGAGAAAAAUACGUGCGAAAGAGAACGAACAGAUAUGGCGGAAGGAACAGGAAUGUCGGCAGUUUGCGAAGGACGAGGAAAGGCUGGAGGGACUAGGAAGAGGCUGAUAGGAGAUCGCGCGGUAAUUCCUGGCGGCUCUCGCCUCAUUCUUACGUAUCGCGCGCGCGAGCGCGAGCUGGCUCUCGUGUGUUACACCAUUGCGACGACGAGGCGCGCCUCUGUUCCAUCGCGUCCGAGUGACAAGGACGGAAACGGUGCAUAGAGAGUUAGGCUGGUGUGCGUCUUCGUGCACGCUAGAACAGUAUCGAGAGAAAGAUGGAGAGAGCGAGAGGGAACGAGAGACAGCGAGGCCGAAGAGGAGAGGGUUAAUCGGAUCGGUAGAAGGGAUAGGAGAGAGAAAGAGAUAGAGAGGGAGAGAGAGGCAAUGAUAAAGAGAGCGAGAAAAAGUAAGAGACAGGAAGAUAGAUAAAGGAGAACAGUGCUCCAAUAAAACGGACAGAGACCGGGGAGUGUGCUGUUAUCAUCGUGACGCGUCUAUGCAUGUGCACUGAUAGGCACACCAUCACGUAAGCGCGGAGGUGUGCAUAUCGCACACGCGAUCGCUCGUAUAGGAACAGAGACAGCAAGAAAGAGAGAGAGAGAGAGAGAGAAAGAGCAAAAGAGAGAGCGGGAGAGAAAGAGGGAAAAAGAGAGAGAGAGAGAGAGUGAGGGAAUGAGAGAGCACGGCAUCUCACCAAUAAGACCUAGGCACAAGAGAGCUAUUUGUAAUGCAAUAGUGAGAGCACCAGUGUGGGGAAAGGAAGAAGUGGAGGAAGGUAGAGUGGUAGGUGGAACGCCGAUGGUGGGAGAAAAAGAGCAAGCAAGAGAGAACGGCAGACAGAUAGACGUAGGGAAAGAAAGGGAAAGAGCGAGACGGGGAGGCAGAGAGGCGGAGAGUCUGAGAGAUCGAGAGAGAGGAAGAGCAAGGGCGCGCGAGCGAGAGAGAGAGAUAGGAAAGGUGCCAUUCGACGAGCAACCGAUACUACCGACCCUUUACAAAACGAACUCGCGAGCACUCGCAAGACUGCUCUCCGGUACAGAGAGUAUACUGCCGGGAGUUCUCGACGGAGAGAGACGCGCUCUUCGUGCCCUCAACCCUUUCUGGCCUGUAAACCUAUGGUGGCCCACCUGGCCUCUCUUCUUUGCCAGUACCACCCGCCACUACCACUAUUGGUAGCAUUACUACUACCAUCGCCACCAUCACUAUCCUACUACCACUGUGCUGCUCGCGUCGUCGUCGUCGUCGUUGCACUCAUUGGAUACACGUUAGAGUAUCGCUGAUGUGCCACCACUACCAAUGAGUCCAUAACCACCACCACCACCACCAGCACCACCACCGCCGCCGCCACCUCCUGCCGACCGUCCGGCUGUACCUCUCUUCGCGCUUACCUAGGAGCAGACAGAGAAAGAGGCAGCGCGAGCGAGAGGGAGAGUGAGAGCGGAAGAGUGAGUGAGUGAGUGUAUGUGUGUGAGAGAGAGAAAGAGGAAGAAAGAGUGAGAGAGAGAGAGAUAGAGAGUAAGAGAGGGUCCCGGCUUUGCGCAAAAGUUACGACGGAGCGAGGAGCAGUGAGAUACACCGCGGAGACCGGAAGAGAACCCUUUCUCCCUGAAGAAGUCACCGGGCGAGAGGAGCAAGAGAGAAGAAGAAGAAAGAGAGAGAGAGAGAGAGAGAGAGAGAAAAGGAAAGAAAGGAAGAAAAGGAAAGGGACACGCACAGGCAGGGAGAGAAAGAGAAAGAGAGUGAUACGGAGAGAGACGGCAAGAACGGGCAGAAAGGGAGGGAGGAAAGAGAGAAAGAAGAGAAGAGAGAGAGGGAGACGGCAAACACGCGCGAAAAACAUACGUCGACUCUAAUCGAGAGUGUCACCGCUCGUGUGCGUGCGGACGGGCCACCACGGGGAAGUCGCAGCGUCGUCGAGUACCCUCGCCGCUGUUCAGCACGCGAAGACACGUGGUGCCAGGUGGUGUCCGCCACCUCCCGGAUAUCCCGCGGGAUCCCGUGCUGCCAGAGUUCCACCGAAGCUAGGCCACGGUUGCGUGAGCCCGGUUUGAUCUCGGUUUUGAAGCGGAAACUCCGUCGUCGCGCGGUUAUCAUCUGCAUUCGCGAGUGACACUUCCCUCGGAAGGCGAGAAGACUGCCUAUGAGAGACACGUGCUUGCCCGCCGACACGUGCCGUCGUCGGUGCACGCGCUCCUCGAUCGGGCACGUCCAGCGAGGGAACAGCCGCGAGAAAUGAUCCGAGGGACCUUUGACAGUCGCAGCAGUGCGCGCGUCGUGCUUCGAGCGUGUCGUGCCUCGGGAAUCCGCUGGUCGUCCUGUGAUCGCCUCGAGGGCCAUUAGCACGCAGAGGGGGUGCAGGAAGUGCAGAAGCUACAGGAAGAGAGAAGAAGAGGAGAAAGGGGAAGAAGACGACGAAGAAGCUUCGAAUCGGGGAGCAGGCCUCGCCGUGCGCGCUCGCCGCUUACGUACCAGCAAGAGCGGGCCGCGUUGUGUAAGAGCUGAAAGUAAAAGUUGAAACCGCCGACUCGAGCUCGCGGAGCGCGUGCUGCGCGCGCUAAACUCCGAUCCUGCCUUCUGCAGGCCGGGCGCAGCCGAAUAUCUCCUGCCUCUCUUUCUCUCUUUGCCGGUUUCCUCGGCGACGUUUCAAGAGACCCGCUCUUCCUUCAGGAAGGAGCGACGGAAAGAGAAAGAUACCUUGCAUACACAUGUGAGAGUGCGUGAGCGCGGGAUUGGGUGUGCUGUGCAUGUGUCCGUGUGUGCAUACGCGUGCGUGUGUCGGUGCGUGUACGCGUCCGGAUUCGCACGAUCACGGACGCCUCUCUGACGCCCUUGACGAGAAGCGCCGCGGACGCGGAGGAUCUACGUGCCCCGGAGGAGCCGGAGAGGGCGUGCUGGGGAAAAGAACAAGGAGAGAGAAGAGAAGAGAGAGACGGCGCUCCGUUCAUUGCGUAACGACGUUUUCUAGUCCGCUGCUUCGUGAAAUACACUCGCCGCGGUGUUUCGCUCGCGCGCUCGCCCGUGAAGGUGUACCCCGGCGACGCGCGUCGACGACGUUGCUCCUUGUCGUCGUCGUCGAGGUGGACCGCGCCGUUCGAAAAGCCGCGAGUCUACGAGACGCGCCGACAGCGUGAACGAACGAUGGAAAGUAAUCGGUCCCGCGAGUUUCACUCCGUCCAGAGCGAAACGCGAGUGUUCAAGGUCACCGUCGCUGGUAUCCCACCGGUAAUCCGUUUCCGGAGUUGUUAGAGAGUGGUUUCCAUCCUUGUUAUAUCAUUAUCAUCGUCAUCAUCAUCAUCAUCGUCGACUGGCAUCCCGGUAGCAGGAACCCGAGACGACACUCGCGCGCGAAUUCGAACUUACCUCGUCGUCUUUCUCUCUCUUUCUCUUUCUCUCUUUCGAUUCGCGAGCGACAGCGCGCUCGCUUUUACCACGCCGCCUCGUCCGGGCGCAAGAAGUUUCGCAAAAGGGAUUACAACACGCAGAAGAGAAAGGAGACAGACAGACGGACGGAAAGGGAGACGCGGAAGGGAAAAGGACAGCGAGGAAAGAGAGAGACAGACCAACACGGGGAGGGAAAGAACGAGGAGGAGGAGGAGGAGGAGGUGGAGGAGAGGAACACACCGCGAUACGACACCCGUGUGAGGGAAAACCGCAAGAGGAGGACGCGGACUUUUCGCGCGAGGGACAGGGGUCCUCGCGACCGUCGCGUGGCCCGACGACGAGGAAGCUGUCGAGAGUGAGAGAAGUCGACGGCUCGCUCUCUCGGGACGUGGAGAAAGAGCCGGAGAGCGAAGGACGCGCCUGAAAGACGAUCCGGAUGUGGCGAGAUCCGCUCGCCUUCCGCCCCCCCGUUACCCUACCGAUUGUUACUGACCGUCAUCGCACCGCUCGACGUUGAAUCGCGUGGUGGCGUUCGUCCCCAUCGACGUCGUCCCGAGAUUCGGCGGUCCACGAGUGCGGCUCGCCGUGCAUUCCGCGUGACACGCGGCCGAGCGGAAUUAAAAGUGCGUUUAAAAAGGUUAGCGGGAUAAAAAAGGCGCGCGCGAAAGGAUAAGAGAAAGGAACAGGAGCCACCUUCGAGUCCUUGAGAGUACCCAACGGGUAAAAGUGCCGCGCGCAGAGCCAGCCGGUUGACCCUGGGCAGUCAACGGAGCAGACUCUGCUGGAAAAAAGUUCUCCACGUCGUCGUCGUCGUCGUGAAGAUCCUCUCGCUUCGAUCGACCGCGGGUCUUCUCGUCGCGUGUUCUACGGCCCGGCUUGCACACGUGCGUGCGUGCUCGCGAGGCGAACCACGUGCGUGACGCCGCGCGAGCGCGCCGGAGCAACCGCGGGACGAGGCGCGGUCAUCAGGAGGAUCGGGGGCGAAACAGCUGACCGCGAGCGACGACGUCCUCGAGGAAUCACCGGGGGUCCUCCUCUCGGCGGCCUUGCCCUACCGGCUCGCGAUUUCCGCUCGCGAUUUCCGCGUAUCCUGCACCAGUGUGAAGUGUUUAUGAAAUGAUUAUCGGUGUCGGUGCACCCCGACCAUCCGUAAUCGGCGAUCCCACGUGCACCAUUCCUUCCUGCGUUCGGCGCGUGUCCAGCUACUGAUCCGCGCUUCUUGUGCCAGUGAUCCGUGAUCCGGUGAUCCAUGCCGCGAAGUAUCAAUGUACGUCGCGUGCGCGCAGCGUCGUCCACGUCGCCGAUGUCACGGGAUCUCGGGUCGUCUGUGUCGGCUGGCAAAGAGGAUGCCUCCACGUGACUCCACGAGGGGAUCCUGAGGGAUAUAUAUUAUAUAUAUACAUAUACAUUUACGCGUGCCGUAUCACUCACCCUGGAUACCACCGCCGAUCGCACGGUGGAUAGCGAGCGCAGCAGCAGAAAAAGCGCAAGACGAUGUAUACUGACGGUCUCCUGACGCUCCACUAUGGGAAACAUCCAGCGACCUUGGCCGCAGAGGUCGGGGCCUGGUACAGCGGGGACCGUCACGUGGACGUGACCCUGGCAUGCGAUGAUGGGUCCGUUGUGAAGGCCCAUCGCGUCGUUUUGGCAGCAGCCAGUCCCCUUUUAGCUAGUCUACUUCGGAAUCCUGCCCUGGACCACGUGGUUCACCUGUCCGGGGUCCGAAGGACUCAACUGAAUCACUUGUUGGAGUUCUUGUACAACGGAGAAGCAUUGAUACCGUCAACGGAGCUCACGCCGUUGAGGGAACUCUUCGAGCUUCUUCAGAUUAAGUCGGAGCUAUUCGAGCCCAAUCAACCUCAAACUUCUAGUAAUUCUGACUUUGAAAGGAUAUCAACUCCCCAACCCUCGGAAGGUCAGGAGAGUUCCAGUUAUGAGUCUCAAUAUGAUAGCAGGCAGUCGAAUAAUCCCGCGGACUGUUGCUCGGUCCUCAUCAAGACGGAGGGCUGUGAAGAGGAGACGGAAGUGGAUGUGGAAGGCGUGGAAGGCGAGAAUCUUCUUACAGGAAACAGGGAAAGCAGCAUAGAAGCACCCAGACGGAGGGAUAGCUCUGAUCCUGUUAAUCUGAGUCUCAAUUCCGGCACUUCCAACACGAACGAAAGUUCGCACGAUAUACACAGGUCCGAAAAGCAGUUACUCGAGAGGCGGGAAUCGUUCGAGGAAACUGAAGAAAGGAGGAGGCUGGCAGCACAGCUGGUGUUAGGCUUAGAACCCAAGAGGAAACCCGAAGAAAUACCGAUCCCGGCCGCGGAAGCGUACGUCGUAACGCCACAUCGGAAGAGACGACCGGGUUUCCACAACGCUCCCGCGCAGAAUCCAGCUUUCGUGCCGUUUAAUCCUGGCUUCGAGACGCCCAGGAGGCUGCAGGCACCACAUCCCCUGAGCGUUUCGGCACCACCAUACUUGCAGGAUAGAUCUGUGACGCCACCUUCACAUCGACCGCCGAGCGCCGAUCCAGCGUCAGCGGCAGCUCUGGAGCCACCCUGGGGCACCUGGAACCUGCCGCCUGCCAGAGUGCUACCGCCGCCUCCAUCGACGGACGAGGCACCGAAAUCCACCCCCGUGCGAGAAUAUCGGUGUAGCUACUGCGGCAAGCAGUUCGGCAUGUCGUGGAACCUGAAGACUCAUCUGAGAGUGCACACGGGUGAAAAGCCGUUUGGCUGUAGACUCUGUACCGCCAUGUUCAAGCAGAAGGCCCAUCUGCUGAAGCAUCUUUGCUCGGUGCACCGGGCCGCGAUAGCCACCGCCGACAACACGUUCUCCUGCUGCUUUUGUUCGUCGUCGAACUUCGUCAACCUGCAAGACCUCAUCAGGCAUCUCUCGGGACCGCACAAUAAUAUGUUGCUCAGCAGGAAUAUGCAUCGCAAUAUCAAUCUCGAAUAGCGACAAUGUCAAAGGCCAUCCGGUGCUGAAGAGUGUUCCUCGAGCGCGCUAUGACGAGUCCUCCGAACAAGCUUUCCGUUGCUCCUAGGACUGUCAGGGCGACGCGAUCGGGAUGCUCAAUUUCUAUUCAGACUACUUUCUAAAAUUGACUGUACGCGAUAGUUUUGAAAGACUAUGGAUUCUUUGAACGAUAUCCUUUCAGACAAUAUUUCGUCAUUUUGGUCUGAAUAUAAUGAACAUGUGCCUUAAAGAGUACAGUUAGAAGCAAGGCAAGAGCAAGAAGCGAUUCUCGAUAUUGUGCGAUAUUGUCGAAAGUCUACGUACAUCUGAAAUUUACGUAUGAUCCGAGUAGAGUUUGUUGCCAAAUAUUGUGCUCUGCACGUUUCCUUUGUUGGAUACUGCUUGUGAACUGUACACAAAACUUGCAAAACUCUUCUGUUUCUUUUGUGAAAAUAAUAUACGUAAGGCAUGAAAUUGCCGUUGUCUUCCGAAGAAAAGUGUGUAUUUUCGAUCUAGAUCAAUCGCAAUUUGUAAAAUCGAUAGUUCGAUGAUAAAAGUCGACUUUAAGUUUUAUAAACUUUCUUCGAAGAUAAACGGCACGCAGCACCGGAGAAGCGCCUUUAGAACGACAAAGAGAAAGAGCCGGUUUCGCGCGCACACACGAAACCUUCUCGAUACCGAAGUCGCUUGAUUGCGGCUCUUCAGGAAUCUUACUGUUAUGCAUAAGUAAUAAGAUAAGAUUUAUUUCGGCGUUAACGAUCAAUAUGAUCCUGUCACGUACGCGUAUAUGUAUCGUGUACGUCAUCGAAUGCAAUUCAAGAAAAAGUACAAGGACUUUAUAAUGAACGAACACAGAGUCAAUUAUUUGUCACGCGCUAAAUCUCGACGGGCUUGUGAGCAUGCAGUCUCAGCUUGUGAGCGCAGUCUCUUUGUUGCGUCUUGUUUGUUGUUAUUUUAUUUUAAUCGCGGCACGCGGCAUUCGCGCAAGAUGCCGCGUUUACCUCAGCGCGUGUGCGGCUAAUCUCACAGUGUAUAUAAUGUUAAAUAGGAACGACGGAGGACGGAGACUAGGAUUUAUUUAUUUCACACUUUUACCGCGAAGGGACCAACCGACUUUCCACCGAUUUCUGUCUUAGGUAGAUCUUAGGUGUCCUGCCCGCCAAUCGCCUCGAGCUAACUGUGUGCAGUUAGGAACGCAUGGUUUCGAUCGCGAACACGAAACGUUUAAUCGGAUCACGCUGUGAAACGGAACAAAAGUACGCGACAUCAAAAUGUUUAGCGCGACGGAAGGGAAUGUUAUCGGCGAGAUCGAUUACGGAAGACGGUUACGAUAUUUAUAAAUUACAAUAUUGCGAUUUAUUGUCUAGUAAACGUCGACGUUGUUAAUAUUUCGUCUUCUAAAAAUCUUCCCGUUUUCCACAUGUUAUCGCCUUCCACCCAUCUUCCCCAUCCCCGUCUAGACAUCUCACAUUUACGGUACACCCCCUCGGUGUUACUCAGCGACUCGAGUGCCUUGUCAAAUGGGUCCAAAUUGGUCGAUUGGGCAGUGAUUUCAUGUGUUCAUAGAAUUAAGGGACGUAGAUGUUUAAGACAUGACGACAUGAGUUCGCAUAGGAAAUGGAAGAGAACGUUAAUUAAUUCACAUAGAGAACUUUAAGAUUCAUUCAAAUUAAUUCAACUUUCAUUAAGGCUAGUUAUAGAUCGUUGUAAGUAGUAGCUUUCUUCUCCCUAAUUUCAUUUUUGUUUGGCGCAGGACGUCAUGUUUUUUUUCUUUUUUAGAAAUAGGCAUUAUUAUCUAAGGUGCCUUGAGGAAGGGUCUCGACCUCUUUUCUGCUCCUUCAUUGUGCAAAACUGCCUCGGGAUAAUAUCAAAAAAUGUCUUUGGGUGAAGAGAAUAAAUGCAAACAUUGUUAAUUUUACAUUCCACAUGUGUAAAUAUAAAAAUUAUUUCACCAUAACAAUUUCGCUGAUUAAAUUGAGGUUGCAAAGAGAUCAUGGAUAAAUUAGAGUAAAUAAGAAAUAUAUAUCUUGUGCAAUGUAUGUUCGUUGCAGUCACACCAAAGACAUUAUUUUUAUGAAAAUGUCAUGUAAAGUCAAAGGUAAAAGUGAAUUAGUGAAUUAAAUGAUUCGAGUACAAUUUUAAUUUUUAAAAAUUAAUUUAAAGAAAUUUUUAAAAAUAAGAAUGAAGAAAUUAAAAUAUCGGUGUACAUAUAUAUCGACAUUUUAAUUUUCGUUUGUAUAACAGCAAUUGUACUCGAACGAUAUAUUACAUUCAUAAUACAUUUAAUUGUAAUCGAUAAUUAUAUGCAAUAUAAUAUCGACUUGCAAUGAAGAAAGAAAUUACAGGAAAACGUCAUAUGAGGAAGGGCAGAAACGGAGCAGAAACAGAGGUCAGAGGGAUGGUGUGCGCUCUUGCGAAGCCAAGCAAAAACGGCCAGCACAAAAUAGUGAACGUAAUGUGAUACUAAAUGAUAAUAAAGUUAAAGUAAUUAUUGUUUAGCAUACGACGCCGCGGCGUUCAUGGUACGGACGUGACUUGCGUCUCUCAGUACGAUCAGAAGUUAUUUUACGAUCGCGAAGACGAAAAGAAACCUAUGGAGAAUGAUCUUGCGAGUCGUCUAGAAUAAUUUAAGCAAACUAGCUUUUUCACCAUCUCCCUCUACCUUCCACUCUCCCUUAUCACGCUCCCGACUUCAGCCCUCGCCUCUUCUCGAGCCGUAAACGCACUAGGAUUAUACAUUACAGAUUAUUUUAUUGUUAAUUAAUUAUGUUUAGCGCGCACGUGCACUUGGAUGUUCGCCGAUUGAGAACUAUCGCUUUGUCUGCACUGGCGGGGAAAAAAAAGAAACGGAGAUCUCGAAUUUCGCUUUAGAUCAAUCGAAUAGAUGAAGAAUGUAGGAGAUGAUAUUUCCUUAGUAUGGUUGAAUAAUAAAUUAAAUUAUAUGUCGUAAAUUAUAUGUAAGAAGUCAAUACAGAAAGAUUGAAAAGAUGCAAAGAUAACAAUUGGCACAGUCCCAUAUAGAAACAAUAAAAGCAUUUCAAUUUCCUACGCUCAUUGUCUUUCGCUAUUGCUCUGAUAACGCCUUCUUUUUCUCGUCUGAACAUCCGGGUGGAAUUUUGUAGAUUUUAAGCAUCUUCCAAGCGGGGCGCAAGCUCCGUGUGCUUUCUUAGUGUUCAUAGAUUUACGAGAAAUAAAUUAAUUCUGAU